AUGACGGAAUACGACUACUCCCCUGCCGCCUACCAACGUUUCAUGGAAACACAAAACCGCAUUGCGAAGUGGGUCGACAAUACUGAAGCUCACCACGAGGCUUUUCGCGCACCUUUUGGUCCUCGUUCUGACGUUGAUGACGAUGAUCUCGAUGGAAUGAGUGACGCAGACGAGGCGAUCCCUUCAGGCGCUAGCGCUGGUGGAUGGUAUGAAGAAAAACGUAGAACCGGUGGUAGGAAGAACGUUGUUGCUCCUCCCCCACCCAUUUUCUACCACUCACAACCUGCUGCUCCCGCGCCUAUGUACCCCGGCGCCAUCGCGUCUGCCCCGGUAAAUUCCAACUACCCUCCUCAAGGAGGCUACAUGAGUCCACCGGGGACUCCUCAAAUCAUCAUUCAGACGGUCCCGAAGCACCGUUCGCACCGUCAUCACGACUCCAAGCGUUCCGCCAAAUCCAAGACGAGAACUUACGUUCUGCCCUCCCCUGGGUCAGCAGCUCCCCCAAUUCCGAUGCAGAUGCAGUCACCUUACGGGUAUCCUGGUGCUCACCCGCCUCCCGGGUCCUUUAGCUAUGCUCCUCAGUCAGCAGGACCGUAUAGUGCGAACCCGGCUUACGCUCCUCCUCCACCUCCUUUCUCGCCUCCAGUCUCCUCUCAUUCAAUGAUGAGUCCAUCUCCGUCUCCUUCCCCAUACUAUCCUCAACCUGGAGGCUACGUGAUCAUCCCUCCCAAGGGUCAGCAUGUUAGAGUAAUGUACGCCUAG